AUUGGCCGCCGACGAUGAGAAUAAUAUGGCACGCGUUCCUGCAUCUCUGCGUGUUCGGUGCGCGUUGCGCGCCGGAGCGGACGACAUUGCCAAUUACAAUAUCGACGUCUGGUGCCGCGGAGGAUCGAGAGAGAAGACCGGGAGAAGACGAGGAACAGGCGAAGAAAGAGGAAGAGGAGGAGGAGGAGGGCCAGAAGGAAAUUGAGGCCGUGCCGAUGACGGAACAGGUUAUGAAUCCUAACAUAAAAAUAACCGACGUGCCGGACGUGGAUGAGGCCAGCGAGGAGUGGGACGCGGACUGGGACAAGAACAAGGUUAUACGGGACGUCGCCUAUUAUAUACGGGCGCACAAAUUUCGAGACUACGACCGCCGUUACUACAAACGGCUGGAAGAUUCGCCGAGCAGACUUUACGAGGAAUUCCCGAAACCGCCGCUGAAGUCUUUGCACUGGGAAGUACGUAGAUAUUGCGACGCGAGCUUCGUCGAGUGCCUGAAAUACCUCGAAACGAUCAUUAAAUCGACUGCCCUGAAACGUGAAGACGACACUGUCACGAUCGUGAAAGAACAGAAAUGGAAUCUCGCGGACAAUGCCAAGCAGAUCCAGGCGGCUCAAAAGGACUGUCAGGCAGCUCAGAGGCGUGACGACCUAACCAUGCCCCCCUUUCAAGGUCCGAUAGAGCGGUUCCAGUGGCGCACAACGGUCAGUUACUACAUGUGCUGGUACACGAUGCUCGGUGUGCCGGAACUGAGUAUCUUCGGGGAGUCGUGCGACAAUUACGCCAACUGUCAGGUCGAAUCGCCCGGAGCCGGGAACGAGGACUCAAGAGCCGACGACACGAUACCCUAUGCUUGCGCCCUUUAUAGUUUCUGUCCGGAUCAUUGUUGCCCCAUGAAGCAUAUCCGGGAUAUGACGGAUUGCCAUCAGUCGCAAGACAAUCCCUGUUACGCUGGGAACCCGCCGGAGCACAGGGCAUGCUCGUUGAAUCGGCAAGAGAAUCAAGAUCUCCUCGGCUUGCUGGCGAAUCAGAUCAACAUCAGCUGCGAGUGCCGUGAACCCGGCUACGAAUGGUCAUCCAGGUUCGGUCUUUGCGUCGACGUGAACGAGUGCACUCGCGGUAGACACGGUUGCGCGAUGGAACAAGGUGAAAUCUGCAUGAACCUGGCCGGUGGCUACGAGUGCGUUUGCAAAUUCGGCUACGUUUACGACGAUGAUCGGGGAGAGUGUGUUUUCAGCUCCGAUAUCGAAGAAAUGCUGUCGGGAUGGGAGGAAGAGCCGAGCGUCGAGGAAACCAAGCGCAGCUUAAUCGAGACGAUCGUUAAAACGAUCGCGAGAGCGCCUGGCAAUCGUCUCGCGUUCGAUCGCGCGAUUCUUCCUAUCGUGAUCGUUGCGAAUUUCUGGCUGUUGUAAGAAGCACGAUGGACGUUUCACGUGUCACGUUUCAUUCGUGAU